AUGGGUCGGCCCAAGGAGAAAGAAGUGAACUUCAACACAUCUUUCGAAGACCACAGAGUUGGCGGCACCGAUGAAUCCAGGAAGAGACGAAAGAGAAAGAGCCGAAACUCAUCAGUUACAAACGACGUCCCUCUUUUGGAAUCCGACAAUGAGACAAAUACUCCGUGUUCUUCAUCUACUUCUAAUAUUACGACUACAAUCUCACAGGCAGUCCAAAUAGAAGCUGCGAUGCCACCGGCUGCCUUGGGUCUCCCGCUGCAGGAUAUUUCAAGUUCCGUUGAGUCCGGCAUUGCAGGAGAUAUACUGGGAUGUAACGAAUCGGCGAACCUUAACGUACAAGCUCCGAGGAAAGACUACGGUUACAAGCCCAACAUUGUUACAACCCUGUUGAUUUUCGCUACUUAUUCGAGCUUGCUGAUAGAGUACGAAAAGCUUGUCAACUUCUUAACGCUAUCUCGUGAUUCCAAUGAUAAGCAGGAUGUAUCAGCACCCAGCCUGUCACCUUCUCUCAAUCUCGGAUCCUUCAAAAUGACGGCGACGUCUAAGUUGUAUGUUGGUACCCUCUUACACGUUAUUAAGCAGAUGUUGGAGCAACUUCGGAAGACCUUUGACACCAGCUUCCCCAUGCAUAAAGACCUUCGGCUGCACGAUCAGCAUCUUGCCGAAGAUUUUGAGCUUGUCGACCGUAGCAAAGAAGGUUCAGCAGAUUCCAAUUUCAAUAGCCCAGUAAUCACAGCAGCUCAUGAUAUUUUGUUGGAGAUAUCCAAGAAGGAGAAGCAAUUGACGCACAUACUUUCAACUGAGUGA